AUGCCUCGCUCACUGCCCUCCCCACCUCCAUCAUCUGCAUACUCAACCUCCGCAAUCGCGACAAAUCUCCCUCGACAGAGAAGGCUGUCUCUAAGACCAGGUUGCGCCAAGGAAACUGCAGUCAUAAACUUCGUCGACAGCCACAUCCUCGCCAUAAACCGGCGCCACGCGAAGAAAUUCAGCAGCGCAUUUACGGACAAAGGUGAGACAGAGGCGGAGCGUGGAUAUGAGAAUUUCCGCGAGGUCGCGAAGGAUAUAGAGGCGAUUGUUGACGUGCUUUGGGUUAGCGCUACUCCCUCCCUCCAAAUACCAUACCUCAUCACCCUAGCAGGCCUGUUAAAUACCUACCUCCCAGACUUCCCCUUCUCCGCACGCGCCACAUUUAAACUAAUAAGGAAAUUCGAUGCUAUCUUCGCCUCACUGCUUCUGGGGGAAGAUCUGCAGACUGGGGCCCCCUUACCUGGUUUCGAAGGCAAGCAUGGCGUUGUUUCAAUGACCGAGAAGGUGAGAAUCAAGAGUAUUGCGGAGAGCGCGCGGAUUAUCGUCGUGGGUGCGCAGGAGAAUGGGGAUGAUGAACAAUAUGGUGAUGACGACGAGGAUGACGAUGGUAUUGACGGAGACGGGGACGGAAGAGGAGGGGAGUCAUGGGGCACGGAGGAUUUUGGGGAUGGCCUUGGGAGGUGGGACUUGGAGUCUGGAAGGGUAUAUCAGAGGACAAUUCAGAUUCUGGGUGAUGAGCUGGGGAAGCAAGAUGGGUAG